AUGACAGCUUUAUUAUGGUCAAUAAAGAAAUGUCAUACUUACUUGGCUGGAUUACCUCAUUUUGAUGUUGUGGUAGAUCAUAGACCAUUGAUACCAAUUCUUAACAGUAAGUCACUUGGUGAAAUUGAAAACCCAAGACUUCAACGCAUGAGGGAGAAGCUAAGUAAUUUCAGUUUUACUGUCCACUGGCAGAAGGGAAGUAUUCAUUGUAUUCCAGAUGCUUUAUCGCGUGCACCAGUUCAGGAUCCUACGGAAGAAAAUUAUUUGAAUGAGCAUGGAUCCACUGAUCCCUUGCAGGUUGCAAUUGUGAAUGCCCUUGACAUGCAUGAAGAUGGUGUACUUCUGACACCUCUAAAGGACAAAACGCUGGAAAAGAUACGUGUUGCUGCUGAACAGGAUGCAGAAUACAAUUCACUUCGGAAAAUUGUAAUGAAAGGUAUUCCUGAACACUGCCAUAAUUUGGAAGUAGAACUCAGGUUUUUCUGGAAUAUACGUGAUAUGCUUGCUGUAGAUGAUGACCUAAUUGUUUAUGGAGCAAGACUUCUUAUACCCAAGAGUCUUCGACGGGAAACUCUUGAAUGUCUUCAUAAUGGUCAUAAGGGAAUAGACCGCACAAAAGGGAGGGCGCGACAGACUGUUUACUGGCCUAAAAUUGACAGAGAUAUUGAGAACAUGGUUUCUUCUUGUAUCAAAUGCCGUCCUCUUCUACCAAAUCAAUGGAAUGAACCUCUAUGGCAAGAAGAAGAUCUACCAAGUAGAGUUUUUGAAUCCGUAUCUGCGGAUUAUUUUCAUGUCAUGGGUCGUACUUAUCUUGUUUAUAUUGACAGGUUGUCUGGAUGGCCUUGUGUAUCUUCGUGUCAGGGUAUAGCUUCUGCAGCCAAUCUAAUACGCUCACUGAGGGCUAUAUUUUCAGAUAGUGGUGUUCCUGUUUUGUUGAAAACUGAUGGAGGACCACAGUUUGCUUCAUCAGCUUUGAGACGUUUUUUCAUCUCGCUGGGGAGUAGAACAUCGCAUUACUUCGCCAUAUAA